AAACUGACACCUGAAAAGAAAAAUAGAAAAAAAUAUUUUAGUCGACAAGGAAAUAACGGAUGGUCAAUUUCAGCGGAAGCUUCUUUCAUCGCUAGGACCCCUAAUUAAAUCCUUCUCCACUAAGAAAUCACUCAAUUAUUCUAUCCAAUUCAAUUAAAUCUCUCCCUUGAAUCUUUUAAAUUUUUAAAAUUUCAUCUUUCUUGGUAAAGGUAGUGAACAAGCUUAGGGUUUUGGUAAUUUAUUUCUGGAGGAAAAUAAUGGGGCAAACCCAAUCCAAAGAAGAAUUACUCUAUCAGCAAGUUAAUUAUGCAAAUGUUGACGGGAUUAAGGCUCUUAGAAAUGAAGGGGCAGGUCUUGAGUGGGUUGAUAAAGAUGGAAAGACUCCUUUAAUUUUGGCAUGCAUGAAUCCUGAUCUUAUUACUGUGGCUACUACUUUGAUAGAACUUGGAGCUAAUGUGAAUGCUUAUCGUCCUGGAAGUCAUGCCGGAACUCCUUUACAUCACGCCGCAAAGAGAGGUCUUGAUCAAAUUGUUAAGCUACUCCUUUCUCAUCGAGCAAAUCCUAUGGUGAUGAACGAUGAUUGUCAGACGCCUCUUGACGUUGCGAGAGCAAAGGGAUUUAGCAAUGUUGUUCGUGCAAUUGAGGGCCAUAUAUGCCUUUUUUCUGGAUUGCUUCGUGUACUGUAUGGCCCAGGCGGCUUUCUUGAAGCAUUCACUUCCCAAUGGUUAUCAAGUAAAAUUUGGGCUGUAGUCGUACCUUGUGGUUCCCGUGAUUAUACUAAACCUGCCAAGUUGGAGCUUGCUAUAUACAAUACUGCACAGGAUGGCACGCCUAGUGCAGUAAUUCCACUUUGGAAAGCCAAAGUUAAGGAGCCAAAGUUUAACCAGUCGGAUCCUUCGUUGGUCAUUUUUGACAAAGCCACAAAAAAAAAGUAUAAGCUUGCAUCUGCAACUGAGGGUGACAAACAACAACUUCAGAGGUUUCUCAGUGCAUGCAGAGGGAUUCCACAGGCAAUACAUCCUCAGGAACCAAAUAAUCUCAUUGCUUCAGUUCCUCCAGCAACUGCACCAUCGUCUAUUUCAGAAGAUGUAGAGUUAGCAAUGGCAAUAAAUGCCUCUAUUCAGUCUGCUAUGGUGGAAAGGCCACCACUUCUUCCUGAUACCCAGCUCAGCUCUGGAGGAAGCACCUCAAGCAGCUUAGGUAAUGUAGUCGAUAAUGCAAGUUAUAAUGGUUGGGGUUCAGGUGGAUUACCUGCUCCAAUUCCUCCUUCAAAGGUAAGUAGCAGCGGCUGGUUAGAUAGAACGCCCGAAGAUUCAUAUAAUGGUUGGAGUUUAGUAUCUGAAACUGGUUCAACUUCAAGUAGCAAUCCAGCAGAAAACACCCUUCCUUCUACUGUCGCCACCACUCAAGAAAUUCCUGCAACAACUUCGAAUCCAUCUGCUCCACCUAUCCCAGAAGGUGCACAAGACGGGCCAAUACAUUACCCAUCUAUCGAUGCCAGUCCAAUUGAUAUAUCCACUCCAACAAUCCCUGAGCCCAAAACAGCAAAAGUUGGCGCAACAAAUGAUGAUGACGGUGGAUCUUCCUCGUGUAUCAUAUGUUUUGAUGCUCCUGUUGAAGGAGCAUGUAUUCCAUGCGGUCACAUGGCUGGGUGUGUGUCCUGUUUGAAUGAAAUCAAAGCCAAGAAUUGGGGUUGCCCUGUUUGCCGUUCUAAGAUAGACCAGGUGAUUAGGCUUUACAGUGUUUGAAAUAGUGUUGUUAGGUUACGGGACAUGCAUUUGAAUCUUCUGUGUUGUCUGUAUUAUAACAACUUUUAUCUUGUUGCUUCUUAAAUGAUUGUACAAAAUCUACAAACUGCAGUUUCCAUAAUACUGUAAGUUGUUUUUAACUUUUUCAGUUUUUGAAUACAAGAAAAUGUAUAAGAAAUCAAAUGUGUUCUUGCCA